AUGCCUAGCACGACGCCCAGUACAAACAGCGCUCCAUGGUCAGUGUCCCCCGUCAGCUCAGCCAAGACCAAGGCCACCCAUCCUUCCAUCCCGGAGCUCUCCUCUGUCUGCCCGCCCACCCAUCCCCAGGGCCCUGCCAUCUUGCCUGUCGAUGAGCUCACACUUGAUGUCUCAGUUCCAGACCAGAGGUGCUCUAGCUGCUACCUGGGAAGGCUCUGGCCCCAAAAAUAUUUAGUUAGCAGCCAUUCAGUUAAGUGGAAUUGA